AGCUUUAGUUGCCAUCAUCAAGAUCUCAGCUCUACUGUACAGCUCAUGAUGAGCUCUGAAUGAAAGGAAGGAAGAAGAAGCAAAGAGAAACAAAGGAAGAAGAGCACUACUAGUACCUAACCAUCACCACCUCCAUGGCUCCAUACGUUUGGUUUCACUUUGACAGCCAUCUUUACCUCCUCUCCAAGCCUCAAAGGCUGUGUCCAAUUUGUAAAGCCGCCUCCCCUAGUCACGAACCGAUUAAAAAAAAAUCACCGGGCAACGAAAACCCCACCCACUAGGCUUCUGUAUGGAGGCUGUUUCGAUUCCUUUCACCUGAUAAACUAGUGGGGAGUAUAUAUAAAAUCUCCCUCAGCCCUCCCCCACAGUUCACGACUCCACCCACACUUUCCCCUCCUCUCGUCCUCCGGAGAGCACCUUCGCCUCGCUCUCAUGGCCUCAGAGCCUAUAGAGUGCCAGGUCCUGGUGUUGAGGGUGUCCAUCCACUGUGAGGGAUGCAAGAAGAAGGUGAAGAAAGUGCUCCAAAACGUUAAUGGCGUGUACCGAUGCGAGAUCGAUGCCCGGAGCAACAAGGUCAUGGUGACGGCCUCGACGAAGCUCGAUCCCUACGCCCUCGUUGCCAAGCUGCGCAAGUCCGGCAAGCAGGCCAGCCUGUGGCCGGAGCAGCCGAUGCAGCAGCAGCCACCACCUGCUGACAGCCAGAGCCAAGAGCCCAAGAGCCAAGCCGACGAGCAGAGCAAACCCAACGAAGCCGCCGAGAAGCCGGGCGCCGACAAGGCCGACGCCGCCACGGCAGAGCCGAGCAACCACCAACCCCCACCGGAGCCUAAGCAGAGCACCGCCGGCGAGACCCCAAAACAGGAGAGCAAGGAAACCUCCGGUGCCAAUGCGAAUGCCAGCGGCGAGGACGCGGCGGCAGCAGAGACGCCGCCGCCGCCGCAACCCAAGGAACCAAAGGGGAAGGCGAUGCAGCAGCCUCCGGAGCUGGAGAAGCAGCCGGUCGACGCCCGGGUGACGGUGGAGUACGACCGAGGCGUCGGCGGCAGCUACGGGAACCACAUGCCGCCGCCGCAGCAUUUGGUCAUGAGCUACAACCAGGCGCGGCCGAGCAUGAGCGCGUCCUACUACGCCCCCGCGCCGGCGCCGGCGCCGGCACCGACGGCGAGGCCGGGGCCGUCGCAGGGCUACAUCGACGAGCAGUACACGCCGUCCUACUACGGCCGGCCCUCGCCGUACGAGCCCUACUACUACAACGCUCCUCAGCCGUCGCCGUAUCGCUACCAGUACCAGUCCGCUCCGUCGGAGGACUACUACUACAGCGCGCCGCCGCAGAGGAGCGCUUUCUCGCCGCCGCGUGACGGCUACGGCGACAUGUUCAACGACGAGAACGCCAAUUCUUGCAGCGUCAUGUGAAGGGAGAGGAAGGAAGCUAGUAGCUCGCCGUCCCGUGAUCGAGCACGGCUAUAUGUUACUAGAGGUUAGAAUGAGUACACGUAACCAGUAUGUAUUAGCACUGCUCGGGCUUCAUGGCGCUACGCUACAAUAAGAUGAGCUGAGGUUGAAUGCUUGGCGCACGAGUGUUCAUCCAUCAAAGCAAUUUUGUAACAUUUGACUUGGUUAAACUGGAGGUAUCCAAUCCAAUCUCUUCGAAUCCAGUUGAGAACUUUGUACAGAAGAAAUAUGAGCAAAGACACGAGCUAUCAUGUAUCGUUGUUACCCUGUUAA